AUGCCGGCGGCGGGGGGAGCGCCCAGGGACAGUGAAUGGCGCUCCGAACGUGGCGCUGCGGACACAAAGGGCGGUGAGGAUGAAUCAGAGGAAGCAGACACGUUGUUGGGCCAUCCAGGUAGCACACAAACGGCACUGGAUGCUGUGUCACCAUUGUCAACAACCCAUCGCGACCCAAGCUUCCACCCAGGAAACUCAGCAGGUGGUUUUUUGUCAAGUUGCCGAUUCAAGGACCGAUGUGUGAGAGCCACAGAGAAAGAGGUCACGAGGCUUACUGUAUCACCUGAUUUCCAGGACUGGCUCCGAUGGAAGAUGUACAAAGCAGGGAGGGGUGCAAGAUGGGGGGUGGCAGGUUUUGCAGUGAUGUUCUUUAUUGCCACGAUCGCAGCUCUGGAGCGCAAUGCUAAGCUGCAGUUGGUUGAGGAGAAGAUGCUUUUGGCAGGGGGGGAACGACAGCCGCCCACUGCAGCGGGACAGGUCAUGGUGGCAGCUUAUUGCAAAGAGCAUGUGGCGGACUUGGAAAAUCUCCAAGCGAAGAUGAAGAAGGAAAUUUCAGAGCUGACAACAAAGGCGGAAGGCAUGGGCGUGGAUGAAAAGGAUGCCCACCUUCAAAAGGAGAGAAAGGAGUGGGAACAGGAAAAGAGUAGAUGGAAGAAGGAAAUGGGUGCAAAGGGCAGUGCUGCCAGGGCUGCACAGGACCAGACCGAAGCGGACAAGAAGAGAAUUCAAAACAUGCAGGAGAACCUGGACAAGGAUAGGAUUGCGUGGGACAAGCAGCAGGCAUUGAAGGAUGAAGAAAUGUUGAAAGCCAUGAAGCAGAUCCAAACUGAUCGAGAGCAGCUCUUCGCUGCACAGAAAAAAUUUGCCAGUGAGAAGGACACAUGGAAGAGGACGCCUGAGGCACGAAGUGCUGCACUACAGGCAGCAGGGGAGCAGCUUGCAAGGCACAGUCUGACUUUCACGCAGCAAUCGUUGGAAAAGACGGAUGUGAAUGGCAUGGAUAUGCAGGCAGUGCAGCAACUCAGAGAAGAAUUGUCUAUUCUGAGGGAAGAGGCCAUCAAAUACAAGACCAGGGAGAGCGAGCUGUGGGCGGAUGAAAAGCGACUUGUGGAUGAACAGAGGCUGGCAGUCAAGGAGGGGGCACAAGAGUGUCAGGCUAUCGAAAGGCAGGAUGGAGCAGCACGAUCAGCAGAAAAUCCGUACAACAAAGUACCAGGGCUGUGGCUGUUGUGCUGCAUGGUCUUUGCUCUUGUUGCACAAGUCUUUUUCUCCAGACAGCGAAAGGACAAGGAACUGAAAUUUGCAGAAGCCAGAAUUGCAGAAUUGCAGAAAGAGUUGAGGACCAGGGUUCUGCAUUUACCAGAACAUUUUGCGGACCCCCCGAGGAGCGAAGACGAGGUGGAUUUCGCAAAUGAGGAUGCCAUGAGGCAGAACAGGGAUAGGAACAAUCGCCUUAAGGUCAGGGUAGAGGCGAUGGAGGAACUAAUGCAGGAAACUAGCGAGCUAGAGGAGUUCACCAGGGAUCUCGAUCAUGUACGACGGAGAAAUCGGGAGCCUAAGAUGAUCGCAGCCGAAGAGGAUAAACUGAAGGAGUCUGCGAUGCUGGUGCCAGCAAAGCAAAGACAAGCAGAGCUGGAAGCAUUGGCACUUGAGGAGAAGGCUUUUGACCUUGGCAAGGCUGAGCGGAGGUGCCUUGACUUGAAGGCUCGAUGCAAGGAGCUUCAGGAGCUUGCUGAGAGUGUGCCAGAGCUUGAGGCGCAGGUGGCCAAGCUGGAGGAGAUAGCAGCUGAGCGCUCUGAGGUGUUGUAUGAAGUCGAACAGAGGGCACUGAAAGUCACGCAGCUGGAAGCGGAGAUUAGAGAGAAGGAGCAAGUUGCAGACAGACUGCCAGCUGUGGAGCGGGAGAUGAAGCUUGUGCUCCAGCAAGCAGCACAGGUCCAAACUCUGGAAGAAGAGGCCGACGAACUGGAAAUAAUUGCAAGCACCUGGGGGGCAGUGAAAGCCCGAAAUAUUGAGCUGAAGCAGAAGGUGGCAGAGGUUGCUGUCCUGGAGGAAGAGUGCAGAGAUUUGGUCAAUGCUGCAAUGGUCCUGGACACACUGAGGGAGAAGAGCGAGCUGUUAAGGGAGCAGGUAGAAGAGGCCCGGGCACUGGAGCAGUCCAACAGAGAACGCGCUCAAGCUCUGAGAGAAGCUGAAAAUGAGGUUGAGAGAUUGGAAAAGGAGGCCCAAGAUCAUCCCAAAGCUCUCAUGGAGUGUGACGGGCUGCAAAUGGCCGUUUCAGAUAUAAAUACGCUGGAACAGGAGUCAGAAAAUCUUAAAAAGCUUGGGAAAGGACUUGAUGCUAAAAGAGAAGAACAUGUCAAGCUGAAAGCAGAGGUCGAAAGAAAGCAAGCUGCCCACAGUGGCUUUGAAAAAGCUAAGAAGGGCCUAGAGGACGAGAUCGCAAAACUAGGCGCCGAAUCUGGAGAUCUCAGUGGCCUGAGAAAGAUCCAUAGCGAUUUGAAGACCAGUGCCGAGGAGGUUUUGGUGUUGAAAGAGGCGUCAAAGAAGCUUGUCAAUGUGCCUGAUGACUGGGAGCACGCUUGGAAGGAGCAUAAGACGCUAAAAGAACAGGGCAAAGAAGCUGGAGAGCUGCGAGGCCAGAAUGCCAAGCUUGCCGACCAGCUGGAAGCAGUAGACAAGGGUUCUGCCAGUCUGAGAGGAGUUGCUGAUCGCUUGGAGGCGGCCAUGCAAGAGCACGGCAGCCUGAAUGCAAAGGCAAACGAGGUUCGUGAGCUGGAGGAGGAAUGUGACAGGCUGCGUCAGGUUGCCGAGUCCUUGAGUGAGGCCCAAGAAAAGAAAGCUGCGCUUGCCAAGCAGGUCGAGGCAGCUGAGGCUGCUGCAGAAGAAAGCAGACUGCUGGCUGCGGAGUUGAAAAGUGAAGAAGAAGAUGCUGCACGGUUAAACACGCUUGUGGAUCAGCUUCCAAGCGCCCGACAGAAGCAUAGGGAACUUCAAGACAAGGCCAAAGAGCUGCAUGCACUGGUUGUUGAGAGUAACAAGUUGGAGGCAACUGCAAGGAGCUUGGAAUCUGCUCAAGGCAGGGGCCAGGUGAGAGAUGUGAAGGCCAGUGCUUUUGCAUGGGAUCGUGUGGGGCAAGCCCAUGCCCGCCCCUCUCAAGACCCCGAAACUUUUUCAGAUGCAGGUGACUCCAUUGCCGAAAGCGCAGAAUCUUACGAGCGAAAGAGAGUGCAAGUCAAGUACAAGUCGGAAAGUCCCGUGGACAACCUGGCGCAGCCAAAGCAGGGAUGGCAGCAUAAAGAGGGCCCGGCAUCGGCCACGAUUGAGUGCGCUGGGAGCCAAGUACCGCAGCAGCCCCAGGGAGAGGCUCAGAAUGGAGGCUUUCGAUUGGCGUCAGCGAGGGGCUCCCCAACCAUUGGGGCGUAUCGCAGGCAGUCCUCCAAUGACUUUAGUUUCCUGGAUCCUUUCGUUUUAUACCUGGCGUCUGGUCUCAACGGCGACAGCGAAGGGGCUGCAGCGGCGACAGCUGAUGGGUGCUGA